CUGCAGAUAUCGCAGCAUCCAUAGAUGUUAUAGACGAGUCAUGAAGGCAUUUACACGCACUGAACCGCAAGCGUUUACAGACCUGUCAAUACGAACCAGCCUCUGACUUGACCGAGUCAGCCGUUUGCUGUCUUUUCAAUUACUCUAACUUACGUCGUCAAUGACGUAUGCGGCCGUAUAUCCAGCAAGUUAAGCAGAGGCAUGCAUCCAUAGGAGCAAGCAUCCUCGCAUUCGCACGGAGUAGCAGCGAAACCAGAUCAGGGGAGAGGGGGGAGAGGAUGCGGAUAGCUGUGACGAACGUUCAGUCACUGAUGCAGCCGCGGCUCAUAUGUGAGGAAGUCAUCCAAGUGCCGCUCUGGUCCUAGAAUAGAGGGCUAGUAAUAGUGUCGCUGGACAUUUCAAUGGGUUGCGGAGGAAGCAGGGCUGAUACAAUCGAACCCCGUUACUAUGAGAGUUGGACAAGGGAGACUGAGUCGACAUGGCUCACGAACACCGACACGGAGGUUGGCCAAACCAUCGCCAGUAAUAACAACAACCAACGUGGGAUAUCUGACAGUGGCACCGCAUCGAUGAAACCAUGUACAACAACUUGCCAAGGUAAAGGAGAGGAUGCUCGUCAACCUGGGCACAUGCCCUCUGUUGCCCCUAGCAGAGAGAAGAAGCUGGUGAACACAGCCACCCAGUGUGGGAAGCCUCCCCUCCAUGCCACCAGCAGCAGUGGAAGCAAAGGCAGACUGCUCCACAGAGACGAGAGUAAACCAAAACCCAGGAAAUUGGCCUCCAAGGAGGCCGUCACAUCAAAGAGUGGCCAGCAGAGCUCCUGCCCUGAGGAAAAGACGUCUGAUAUCAAGUAGGAGGCAAGACUCUGGAUUAUGGCGGCUCUUCUCUCGACUGAAGCGCAUGACAUAGUCACAGCUCCUUCCAAGCUAACCCACCUACCCAGCGCCUACCCAGCUAAGGUGCACCUGUGCCACCAAACACAUCAUGUACAGUACAUCAGAUGUUUGCUGCACUUGUAGGGAAGGUUUCAUUCUGGCAUGGACAAAGUAAAUAUGUCCUCUUCCCGUACAGCUGCCCUAACUGUAAAUGCCUGAAUUGCUGCUCUGGUGUCAGUUGUCACAUUUUCCACUUGCAGAAUCUAUUUCUUUAGGAUUAUGGGAAGAUCUGAGACACUGAAUUCUGAUCAGCUGUUUGACAUUACCAGUAGCUAUUGUGCAUGAUAUGGCAGUAUGUGGGGUGCACAUUGAGUUCAGUUUUAAAGGAAAUGCCAACUGUAAAAUGCUGCAGAGAAAGACAUGAAAAGAUGCUCAGGCCCCCGAGCCUUCACUUCAGCGACACACAUGCAGUGACAGUGUUUUUCAAACCAUUUCACUCUCAGCCUUACCCACUACUUGACUUUGACUGACUUAUACAGAUGCCAUAUAUAUAUAAUCCUGUUGCUCUGAGACAAUGCACUGGCAACUCGCUGUGUCAGUAUCAGUCUCAUUACAGUGCCUAUGUAAUGUUUCCUAACAUGAUGAAGUGAGUGAAGUGCCUGAAGUGUAUCAGACUGAGUACUGUGUGUAUGAUAAGGUGUGUGUAGAUAUACAGGGCCCUCUAGAAUUAUUGGCACCCUUAUUUAAUAUGAGUGAAAAAGGCUUAUGAAACAUCCACUUACUGUAGUAUGACACAUGCUGUCUUUGCUCAGCAAACAAAGAAAAUAUAUCAAUUCCAUAUGAACCCAUUUCCACAAGAAAAAGUCACAGGUGAUCACAAAAUAAAUGUUAUUCUGAAAAA